CGUAAAAGGCGUUUCUACGAAACCUUGACUCAAUGCAUACCGCAUUUUUCAGGUUUUCAUUUGAAAUUAAAACUCAAGCCGGGUGUAAUUUUAAGUUGUGUUCUCAAUAAACCCGAUGGAUAUUUGGUGUUGGCCUGAGUGAGGCGCGGUAUCACCACAUCGACACUAGAUGGCGCUGGAUAUCCAUAAAUGCCGCAGCGGGGCACCGGAUAAUUAUAGCACACUAUCCCGAUUUAACAAUUAGGUCAUCAAUUAAAUAAGUUAUUUACUAGUAAAUCCGUUAAGCAGCAGAUUAUCUGACGGUGAUGAAGUUACAUGAGAUAGUUUAGUACAAGUUUGGUACAACUAGUUUGUUUUAAGUUCUUGGAAGCGUUUCUAAACGAAUAAAUCUGGUUUUAGCCCUGAGUUCGGACUGUCAGGUGCAACAUCCACCUGUAAUCCGCUUCUUUGUUCAGGGAGGUGGAGGCUGGGGUGUGUGGGUGUGUUGGCUGGAGAGGUGGAGUCUCUUAAGUCUCCAGACAGGCGCACUAGACAGAUUAGUCUCCUCCAGCCGCUAACGAGGACUCGAAUUUGCUGCGGAGCACAGACGGAGCGCCACGCCGGUUCCUGAGCGGGUCUGCCGGGGUCGGGGGGGUCUGGAAGGCGGCGCAGGCAGCACCUGGAUUCGGGUCCGAUGGAGGCAGCCGUGCUGGGCCCCGCCGUCAUGACGGACGUGGAUUGCGGCAGCCUGAACGCCGAGCUGGAGGUGAAGAAGCUGCAGCAGCUGGUGCGGAAGCUGGAGCGGCAGAACAAGCAGCUGCGGAGCCGGGCCGGAGGCUGCUUGUCCGGGGGCUUCCAGCACCUCCCAGGCCCGCUGCUCCAGCCGUCCCUAAGCUCGCUUUCUCCUCCGGAAGAACCGCUAGAUCAUUUCCACCCGUACGCAGGGGAGGAGGACGAAGACGAGAAGGAGGAGGAGGAGGAUGCGUCGGAACCGUCGGUUCUGGAUGAGUUGGAGCUUCUGGACCUGGAGUCUCUGAGCUGCUCAGAGGAGUCGGAUGAAACCUGGUUGUACGUAGCAUCGAAAGCAGGAGAGAGUUCAGCCGAGUCUCUCAGUCCGCUGCAGUGGUGCCGGCAGAACCUGGACAGCCCCAAGUCGGACGUGGAGGUCGCCAGAAGGUCGUUGUCUCUGCGACUGGAACAAGUCUCCAGGUGGCGUAGCUCCCUGUCGUCCCCUGGAACCCCACCGACCCGAGCCGCAGCGGCGUGUUCCCCCCCGGCCAAACCCUGCUCCACCCCACCGCCGACUGAAAGACACGCCUCUCCUCUCCUCUCCUCCCCGCUGCACCCCGUCCUCCAUCGCUCCCUGAGCCCCAUGGGGAAGGAUCUGUCCCCUGUAGCUGAAAGGACGCCCACCUUCCUCCCUCACCCUCCCAACCGAAGCCGCAGCCUCCGGCGCUCCACCCUGAGCCCCGAGUCGUCGGUGGACAGCGACCUGGGGACGUCGGAGGACGACUCCAUCAGCCUCGGAUACAAACUGCAAGAUCUCACGGACGUCCAGGUCAUGGCCCGGCUGCAAGAGGAAAGUCUACGGCAGGACUACGCCAGCACGUCGGCGUCCGCCCUGGCCGGCCGCCGCAGCCAGAGCUACUCCUUCCAGCUCAGCCGGCUCAGCGCCGGCCCCGGCCUGGAGGAGGAAGACGAGGAGGACGACGAAGACUACGCCCUCCUGCCGCCGCCGCAGCCGCGCCUCACCCGCCUCUCGCACUCCCACACCUUCUGCAGCGUCCGCGACUGGCGAAAAAGCACCAGCUCCCUGUUCACGCCUCCUUCCACCCCCUCCACGCCGCCACACCCUUCCGUUGGCUCCGCCUACCCGGCGUCACCGCCGCCGCUGGAGCCGGGCGACCCGUAUGGCAUCGAGGCGCCGGGCUUCAACCCAGGAUCAGAUAAGCUGCGGAGGAGCAUGCCUAACCUGGUCAGAGCUCCCAGCAUGCCCAGUGUGUCCAUUCCCACCUCUUCCAGUGCUGCUGCUGCUUCUUCUUUUUCUUCUUUGCUACGUAACAGCCAGAGUUUUGAUUCGUCCAGCGGCUUCGCUCGCCUCCAGUCCUCCAUCCCCUCUCCAGGGCAGCUUCAGAACCGGGUUCAGAGCCUCGGGAGCUUCUCCUCGCUGUCACGGCAACCACCGAAAGCCACCGCCUACGUCAGCCCGACGGUCAAAGGCCCGACAUCCGUCAGCCUCGCGUCUCUGAACGGCAGCGGCAUCCCUCUGCUCAGCAAACCUGCAGGCGGAGGCUCCGCCCCCACGGCGCCCCGCAGCGCUCUGCCACGCCCCGCCUCCAUCCUGGGCCCCACAAGCUCCAGCCCCCGCGGCAAGGCGGCUUUAUCAUCACGAAGUUUACUGACGCCUCCAAAGAGCUUGUCCACCUUCAGUGCCCUUCGCGACAGCGCCUGGAGAGACGGCUGCUACUGACGGCUGACCGCCCCGCAGGCCGGGGCCCGCGACGUGGGCGGCGAGGCUUGGGAUCCGAGGUUCUGCGUCGAACAGUCGGAGUCUCUCUCCACGCGAACGAUCUCCUAGAUUCUAUGCAGGAUUUCUUCGGAGAACUCGGGUAAUCUUUCUGGAUCUGCGUGCGACGUACGCCGGUGAGUUUGGUGGUUCGGUGCCAAAAGCGAGCCGUUCUCGUUUGUGCAAUAAGCCGCCGGGUGACACCGACGCUAACCGGCAAAGAGGGCUGCCAGUUUUUACUAUAUGAACCUCUGACAUUGUUUUUAUUAAUAUAUUUAUUUUAAAUAAAACUGAUUUGAACUCAUCUGGUGCAGUUGCCAGUAAUGCUGCUAAAGUGUAAUAAAUCCCAGUUGGUUUGGGCACAUUUGGUCUAAUUUUUAGAGUAUUAUGUAUUUGUGUACACACCUAACUAACUGCAUAUACCUGUUUAUUUAUUGAUUGCAAUAUUUAAAGUGUAAAUCUUCCAAAAUGAAAAUAUGUUUGGGGAAUGUCUCACUGUGGUGUCACCAGACGUUGUGCAUAUUACCACUGAUGAUGUUGCACUUUGCCAGAAAUCUCACAAAUGUUUGUUUACUAAUGUUUUCGCUCUGCGACUCAACCUGGUGUAUUAAGUUAAAAAAAACAAA